AGGCAGCAGCGCAUCGCAGAGCGACGAGCACGAGCAGGUUUGGUUUGGUGGUGCGUCUUUACUGCCGCCCGCCCAGCCCCACACUCCCACAGGGAGGAGGAUUUAAUUGCCUCCGCCAGCCUCGCUCCCUCGCGUCGGACUCGGAUGCCGCCGCCCUGCCGCAGGUAAUGCAGUGACCGACCGAGCAAGCGCCACCCGGACGCGAUGGGCGAGAGGAGGAGGCGCGGGAGCGCCGCUGCUGCCGCUGCCGCCGCCGGCCCCGGAGGUUGCGUCGCGCGGGCUCCGGAGGAGGAGAAGGCCGCGGCGGCGCCGGGGAAGGGGCCACCGCCGCCGACGGUGUGGUUCGCGCUCAAGCGGUCGCUGCACUGCCGCUCGGAGCCGUCGGAGGUCCACGUGCCGCGGGCCAAGGCCGCCGGCCCCGCCGCGGGCGCCGGGCACCUGUCGUCGAUCGUCACCAAGCGCGCCGCCCCGCGGUCGGGGUGCUCCCGCUCCAUCGCCAACCUGCGGGACGUCAUCCACGGGAGCAAGCGCCACCCGGGGCAGCCGCCCAGCUGCAGCCCGCGGUCCAUCGGCAGCAGCGAGUUCCUCAACCCCAUCGCGCACGAGGUCGUGCUCAGCACCAACUCCCGCUGCGAGCUCAAGAUCACCGGCUUCGGUGGCUGCGGGGGGCUCGGCGCCGUCGGGACCGCCGCGCACGACGCCGACGGGGGGGCCGACGGCGUGGGCGGCGUCGUGUCGUCGUUCGUCGGCACGCUCCGCCCGGGCACCCCCGGCCCCGCGUGGGCUGGCCACGGCCUGCCCUACAGCGGCUCCAUGCGGGCCGGCAGCGUGCGCUGCACGCCGCCGAGGUCGCCGAACGUGCUGCUGGAGCGGAACGGCUCCGUGGCGGCCGGCCACCGCGCGUCCUGCGAGGAGAACGCCAAGGCCGGCGCCAGCAAGGGCUCCGGCGGGUUGAGCUGCCACCGGUGCGGCGAGCAGUUCGGCAAGUGGGAGGCGCUGGAGGCGCACCACCUCUCCAAGCAUGCAGUGACGGAGCUGGUGGAAGGGGACUCGUCGCGUAAGAUCGUGGAGAUCAUCUGCCGGACGAGCCUGCUCAAAUCGGAGAGCAGCUGCGUGCGGAUCGAGCGGGUGUUCAAGGUGCACAACACGCAGCGGACGCUGUCCCGCUUCGAGGAGUACCGCGAGGCCGUGAAGCUCAAGGCCAGCAAGCUGCCCAAGAAGCACCCGCGCUGCCUCGCCGACGGCAACGAGCUGCUGCGCUUCCACGGUGCCACGCUCUCGUGCGCGCUCGGCGCCGGCGGCGGCUCCUCGGGCAGCAGCAGCCUCUGCGCCUCCGACAGGUGCGCCGUGUGCCGCAUCAUCCGGCACGGCUUCUCCGCCCGGAAGGAAGGCAAGGCCGGCGUGGGCGUGUUCACCACGUCCACCAGCGGCCGCGCGUUCGAGUCCAUCGAGGCGCCCCCCGCCGGCGACGACGGGGAACCCGCCGCGGCGCGCAAGGCGCUGCUGGUGUGCCGGGUCAUCGCGGGGCGGGUGCACAAGCCGCUGGAGAACCUCAGGGAGUUCGCGGGGCAGACGGGCUUCGACUCGCUCGCCGGCAAGGUCGGGCCCUACUCCAACAUCGAGGAGCUGUACCUGCUGAACCCGAGGGCGCUGCUCCCGUGCUUCGUGGUCAUCUGCAAACCGUAGGCUAGCCCUAGCGAGAUCGAGAGCUGUGACACACCGCCUCGUUGUUACUACUACUACUACUGUAGCAAUUAACCAUUCUUUUUUCUUCUUCUUUUUA